GCGCGCGCGAUAAGACCGCGGUGACAUAAGCGUCGCGAAGAAUCCAAGAUCGAGUGCUGAAAUAUCGUAGGGAUGAAGUAUCGGAGGGGUUGGGCUGGCAAAAGUGAAUGAAAAUUAUCAUCUCGUAUCGGUAUGCUGUGUGCGCGAUGGGAGAGAUGUCCGUGUGAACGUGAGAAUAGUUCCGUUAAUGUUAACCGAUGUGCGCGGGAAGGCCGAUUGUAUGGCGACGUGAAGAGGGUGAAUCUCUGUUAUUCGGGUCUGAUCGAAUAUAGUGCGCGCGUGUGGUUCGUGUGUGUGUACAUGUGCCAGCAUCGCCACCAUCCGCAGCAGUGACCGGAAAAGAAGAGGACUCGACCCCUGCAGUGACCGGAACCACCGAAAAAUGGAUGCGAAGUCGCAGCGAGUUAUCUCCGGUUUGCUUUUGUUCGCCCUCGCCACAUUGCAGCUCGGUUAUGCCAGGAACGGACCCAAUUAUUAUGGCGAAUUGAUCGGACCUUUACAAGAAUAUGCGCAUGGUAUCAAAGGUACAGUGUAUGCUGUUGAUGAUGCAACGAUAUUUAUAAAAGGAUUCUCUUACGAUGGUACCGGUCCGGAUGCUUAUUUCUGGGUCGGAAACACCUCUCGGCCCAAUCCCGAUGGUUAUAUCGUACCUUAUCCAGAGUCUGAUAGCAGCACCGAUCCACGAGUAUUGGAGGCGUACAAUCACACGGACAUUAUUCUGAGGUUACCCGGAGGGAAACGUAUACGAGACAUCAAGUGGCUGAGCGUUUGGUGUAGAAGAUUUACGGUUGAUUUCGGCGACGUCUUCAUACCGCUCGAUUUGAAAGUACCAAAACUGCAAGUACUUCCCGAGUUUUCGAGAUUGGCGCACGGUCUCCGCAGCGGUAAUAUCAGUAUUCUCGAUAGUAAAACCAUCUAUAUUCCGAAUUUGCAUUACGACGGUGGUGGCCCGGACGCUUACUUCUGGGUUGGCAAUGGUACGGAACCCAGUCAUUUUGGUAUCAAGGUCCCCAAUGAAAUGGGCAGCUUGGCACCAUUGAGAGGAUACCAAGGGGAGGACAUUGAGAUCGUCUUGCCGGGAAACUUGACAGUGUACGACAUCGACUGGCUUGCGGUAUGGUGCGUUGAAUACAGACACAAUUUCGGCCAUGUUCUAAUUCCAAGGGACGUCGACGUUCCUCCGGCUCUCGGCCAGACGAAAAUUACGCCGCCGUGGUGGUACAAUCCAACAAGCAGCACACCGACGCCCAAGUCAGUGAACAACUGCAAGGAGAUGCUGGGGGGCCGUGUUCAAGUGAUGUGGCAGCUGAUGGGCGAGGAUGUACAAAUACGGGUCUCGGGCCGCAUCAGGGAGGACCAGUACGUAGCGUUCGGGCUGUCGGGUAUAGACGGCCAGGCCGAGAUGAUCGGCGGCGAUGUCGUCGUGAUCGGAUACGAUAAUAAAACCGGCAAAUUCAUCGCUGAGGAUUACUACAUGUCGGACAUCGCUCAGUGCGACGGCAAUAGGGGCGUGUGUCCGGAUAAGAGGGUCGGCGGGAGAAAUGACGUGAUGUUCGUGCACGGGGAACGAAAGAAUGGCAUAACAACAGUUACAUAUACACGGCCGCUGAGGACCAACGAACCGGAGAAAGACAAGAUGAUUCCGGAAAGCGAAACGAGCGUGAUCGCUGCUAUCGGAUCUCUGAAUGCACGGGGCGAAGCCAAUGCUCAUGAGAGAUUCGAUAAGACCACUGAGGAUAUUCGUAUCGAUUUUACGUCAAGCAAUGUCCACGAGUGUACAAACUCCCUAUACAAUAUUCCGGACACUCCUGAGAUCGAAGCCUGGAAACCGGCUGUUAUUACGGAUAAGGAUACUUUCGAAGCUAGAAUUGGACCGACUGGUUCGAAAAAAGGAUAUUCGCGAAUAACAGGUACACCCUCUUGGGGCAUUGCGUGGUAUAUCAAUGACUUGUUGAUCCCAGAGCUCACCGUCGUGCGAGGUCAAACUUAUACCUUUAUCGUGGAGGGUGGAAACGAUGAGACCAAUCCUGCUAAGUAUCAUCCCUUUUACAUAACUGACAGUCCAGAGGGUGGUUUUGGACAGAAGUCUGAAGCGAAACAAAUGGAGGAAAAGGUAUUUGCUGGCGUAAAAUAUGAUUCCAAAGGAUAUCCCAAACCGACUGCAGCCGGCCGUUACUGCGAAUGGGUCCGCACCACGGUGGACAACGCAGAUAACUACGAAACGUUUAAGAGCUUCUUUGACACGCUCGAACUCAAGUGCAACAUGGGUGAGCCUGCCAAGCUCGUAUGGACCGUAGAACAAGACACACCGGACUUAGUUUACUAUCAGUGUUAUACGCACACCCAUUUGGGCUGGAAGAUCCAUGUUGUUGACUCAAACUCGUCGCAGGGAAACAUUAACAGCGUCAAUCAAGUUCUGUCCGUGUUUACGACGUUUGUGACGUCUAUCAUCGCACUCCUUUUAUUCUCGAGAUGAAUCGUUAGAUUUUCUUCUUUUUACGCGGAACAAGUGACGGAAGACAAAGAUAAUGAUGAAAACUGGUCGAUUUAAGAUCACGAAAACUAUAUACACGAUUGUUAAAUCGGCGAAACACAUACAAGGUUGUAAGAAAGUAUUUAGCAUGUAAGAGAUUUACUUUUAAGGUAAAAGAUUAGCAAAAUAUUUUUAAGACCUAUCAGAUUCAAAAUAUUUCAUAUUAUAUGAUAUAUAUUAUAUAUAAUAUAUACAUAUACAUAUACAUAUACAAAUAUAUAUAUAUAUACACACACACACAUGUAUACACAUUUACACGUAUGACAUGUACACAGAGACGCGAAAUUUCAAUAUUCUUUAACAAUAUAAAAUCGAACUGAGACAAUAAUGAUGAUCGGAAUUGGGUAACCAAUGAAAUUCUGACAAUAAUUAUGAUCAGGUCUGGUUAAUCAAUGAUAUUCUGACAAUAACUACGAUCAGGACUGGAUAACCGAAGAAAUUCUGACAAUAACGAACGGGGGUUUAUUAUUAGGAGAAGGAUAUCUGGUCAAAAUAGUAUCUGGGGCGAGCUGGUUAGCAUAUAUAAUUACAUCUACAUAUAAAAUUUGAUGCAAGAGAGAUGAAGAUAUGCAUCAACAGUACAUGUACAAUGUAAAUUUUGCACAAAGCUAUAGUUGAUCUUAAUGUAACUUUAAAUCGACGAUAGUAUGUAAGAAGUACAUUUAUAAAUGCUGUCGACUUGACAAUAAUACGUAGUAUAGUCAAUGGGAGAGGAUCGCUAACAAAAUGUGAAUUAUGUACAAGAAAGUAAAGCAAAAAGUAAUACUUAAGGGCGAUGCAGGUUACAAACUAUCCCCUAUACGUGUAACAAUGCUAUAAUAUGUAUAUACUAUAUAGAGUGUGGAUCUUCCUAAAACGGAAUGAAAGUAUAAAAUGUGCCUUGGGUACAGAUAAAUAAAUGUCUCUAAUUACAAGGAUUAGGACCCACUCGGCAAAGGGACACCGUGCAGUACUUUGGAACUGGUCUCUUGUGCGUGAAGCGUAUAGCACAUGGGUAAAAAGCUACAGUUUAUAUUAUAUUUUUAGAAAAUAUUAUAGAAGAAACUCCGUUUUUCAAAACUGUUUCUUCAAAUAUUUAAUGCGAUUUUAAUUAUGCCGUUCUUUAUAGAGUGACAUAAUUAUCAUUACACAUUCGUGUGUAGAAUUAAAAAAUAAUUUUCCGCAAAUUAUACAAAAGAAAGCAGCAUGCGCGUAUAAAAUUAUCAAUGAAGAAAAACGGCCUGUAGCAAAUAUACUCAUAAUCAUAAUCAAUAACCGCGAAACGUGCAAGGGAUACAUGCAGCCAAGAGAAAUCAGCGGAAUACAUAAUCAAUUUAGGGUAGUGAAUUUAGUAUACGUUUCUCGCGUAAAAAUUUUUAAUGUGUCCAGCUCCUAAGUGCCGGGGUGUCCACAAAAUUUACAGCAGAAAAUUACUUGCUUAUCGCACGAAGACCAGUCUGUAUUUAAUUACAUGCGCAUAUAUAUACACAAAUAUCAUACACAUACAGAACAGAAAACUCUGAAACUUACAUUAUCUAUAGCUUUACGAAGGACGAGACGUAAGAAAUGUUAAGAUCGUUAAGUAGGGCCUCGUACUAAUUACUGUGUACGUAAGUAAAUGACAAUAAGAACACACACUUAAUCUCGAUGUUUGUGUCGCUGAAUUUUCGAUAUGACAAUACUUGAGAGCAAUCUUUGAGAGAUCAAUAACGAAAGAUCUUUGCUCGAAAUGUAGACUAUCGCUAUAUUUUUCAUUCCUCUGUUUUUUUUUUCUAAAAAAAAUCCUUUGAAAGUAACAGAUUCUAGCUUGUAAGUGGAUAAAACUCCUACUUCUGUGAAUGACAAUAAUAAAUUAUCAACUUGCAGGAUUUCCAAUAUAGAAGCGGGCUGCUCCCAGAAAUGGCUGUGUGUUUUAUUCCUUUUGAUCAUUAUAUAAUUAAAGCUCGAAAAUUUACAUAACGAAUUAUACAUGUACGGAUCAAUCAUUCGAUUCUAUAAAUGUACGAGACAAAUUAUAAACCGUGUAUUAUAUUCUGCAAUAAAGAAUAAGUCGUAAGUCGCAUAGGUGAAGUGUUCCAUAUUCGCAUAAUACAUGUACAGAUAAUAAUAUAUAGAGACAAUAAUACAUACAACAUAUAGAUAAAUAUAUCAUUCGUAGAAACUGUAGGUACAAAUAAAAUUUUAUUAUAAUUUCAGCAAUUAAUGAAGUUAAGCUGAAACAUUUAAUAAGCUUUACCUCAAGUAUAAGUACAAAUAAUUGAUUCUCUUUUCAAAAGUUUCCUUGUAUAUGUUUUUCUUUAGAACAUUACUUGUUUAAACUUUGUUUAAAAAAAUUACAUAUAACAAAAAAGAAUUCUCAUGUACGUCUCUAAAAUACAGACAAAAAAAA